AGUGUGAAAAUGGUGCUGCUGUGGACAGCUGGUGACGUCUUCAAGACCACCUAUUUUGUGAUGAAUGAAAGCCCGGCGCAGUUCUGGGUGUGCGGUUCAGUCCAGAUCCUGAUUGAUGUCGCCAUCCUCCUCCAGGUCCUGUUUUACAGCCAAGACACAAGAGCCAAGCUGGGCUGAGCAUGGCUGUUACAGUGACUAACACAAAAGCCCGAGUGUUUGAGUAAGUUUCGAGGACUCUGAUGACUUCACGCCCUUUACAACACGCUGCAGUGUUGAUAACGUUUAAUGUUUAGUGCCAGAGUAAGGACAAAUCAAAGUCAAAUAGUGUGUUUGUUUUGUUUUUCUUUGGUGUGUUUGUUCACUUCUUUUACUGUUCAUACUAUCCUAGUGUCAAAGAGACCCAACCGAGUGACCUGUAAACGCCGUAAAGCCAAAAUUCAUGCAUUAGCAUCUUUAAUCAUGCCCUAGCACCUAAAUGCAUUUGCCUGUACAUUUGUCCUUAUUUUGCUACGUGUCUCCUGAAGUGUAGUGGGCAUGGAAAUUGUAAGGAGGAUGCAUUACUCAUAUUGGCAGCUCACUAACGACAAAUAUGUGCUUCUGUAACAACCGUAACAACCAGUCCUGCACUGGUAGGCCUCCACUGGACCCUGCUGCCUGACUGAUGGCUCUCCCACUUCACACUCCUCACUUCACUGGACUGUUUCUCAUGAUACAUGAUAUGUGAGCUUGUCUGUGCCUUUGCAUGUGUGCGAGGUUGUCGUUCUCUCUGGUGUGUUAGUACAGCUAAAAUUGAUUUUUGCCGUUGGCAUCGAGAGCCAAGCCAAAGCUUCAGAAUGUACAUGGAGUAAUCUACACAGGCCAUCAAUCUGUGUGUUAUGUAUGGUGGUUUGAUUGACGUGCAGUACAUGUCUCCACACAGUAUACAUAGAAAUAUGAAAAAUGUGGGCAGUGAUGGUUUGCACUUUUCCUCAGCUGCAAAAUGUGUUACGGGCAUUGGAAACACAGCAGACUUCAGGGCAACUAAACUUCUCGAGGGGACAGUGUUACUGAAUCUUUGUGCUAUUGCAAUUUCUGCCAGUGUAUUUAGGUUAAGCUGUUUUUUGCUCAUCUUUUCCUCAUUCAAAAGGAGGAAAGAUUUUAUAUAUAUACACACACAUAUAUAUAUAUAUACACACACACACAUAUAUAUAUCACACA